AUUAAGAAUGUAUUUCUAUGCUCAUGCCUUGAAAGUCGGUAUAAUAUAAACAAUUGUUUGCGAACCGCAUUUUCCAGUGUUCGCUUAAUAAAAUCAAAACUGAUUGAACGGCGUGAUUUGACAAAGUGUCUUUAUGAAUAAAAAUAUUUUGCAAACUUUUAAUUGCCUUUAUUGUACUCAGUAUUAUAUCGAGUGUUUUUGUGUUUAUUACGGUAGUUGAGUUUCAGUGCAAACUAUGAGUGGGGAGGGUGAAACCAGUAAAAAAAGACAAAAAACGUGUCUACAAGUUGCCACAAAUGUAACAGAACAAAAACAUCAUGUAACGAGAGAAAUAAGAGGAAAGAAUUUAGGUUUAUGUCGAGGGUUUCGAGGAUGCACUGUUUGGUUAACCGGACUGAGUGGUGCCGGCAAAACUUCAAUUGCCUUUGAAUUAGAGGCUUAUCUAGUGUCACGUGGCAUUCCUGCAUACGGCCUUGAUGGUGAUAAUAUACGCACAGGUUUGAAUAAAAAUCUAGGUUUUACACCGGCAGAUAGAGAGGAAAAUAUACGUCGUGUUGGUGAAGUAGCAAAAUUAUUUGCUGAUAGUGGCGUUGUAGCGAUUUGCAGUUUUGUUUCACCAUUUGCGGAUGACCGUGAAUUAGUGCGGAAAAUACAUAAAGACUCGGAUCUUAAAUUUUAUGAAGUCUAUGUAGAUACACCUUUGUCAGUGUGUGAGACGAGAGAUGUUAAAGGCUUAUAUAAAAAAGCUAGGGAAGGUAUUAUUAAGGGAUUUACUGGUAUAACGCAAGAAUAUGAAGUUCCACAACAUCCAGAAAUAGUAGUAAGCACAGAUGGGUUUACGAUACAGGAAUCUACACAAAAAGUGAUACAUCUACUAGAAGAAGAAGCGAUAAUACCUAAAACCUUGCGAGACAUCAAUCAACUUCCUGAACUCUUCAUAGAUUCAAGUCGCACAGAAGCAGCUUUGCACGAAAUAAAAUCUUUAAAAACAAUUCCUAUCACUAAAAUAGAACUGCAAUGGUUGCAAAUUUUAUCAGAAGGUUGGGCAUAUCCUUUAAAAGGAUUUAUGCGUGAACAAGAAUACCUUCAAACUUUGCAUUUUAAUUCCAUAUUAACGGAAGAUGGUGCCUUCCGUGAAAAUCAAUCGGUGCCUAUUGUAUUAUCUGUAUCAGCUGAUGCUAAAGAGAAAUUAGAUGGUGUCUCUGCGCUAGCUCUUACUUACAAUGAUAAAGCUAUAGCUAUUCUACGCAAACCUGAAUUUUAUUAUCAUCGAAAAGAAGAACGAUUAUCUCGUCAAUUUGGUACAAGCAAUCCUAAUCAUCCAUAUGCUAAAAUGGUCUUUGAAUCA